GCGUUGCUGGCGCUGGGGCUGUGCGGCCUGGGCACGGAGCGCUGCCCGCCCGCCGCGUGCGAGUGCUCGGACUGGGACCGCCACAAGGUCACCUGCAAGGAGACGCGCUCCAUGCCCAGCCUCCCGCGGGACACCCAGACCCUGAGACUUAUGGAGACUCAUCUAAGAACAAUUCCAAGUGAAGCAUUUUCCGAUCUCCCCAAUAUCUCCAGAAUCUAUAUCUCCAUAGAUGCAACACUUCACAGGUUGGAGGCCCAUUCCUUCUACAGUUUAAGUAAAGUCACUCAUAUUGAAAUUCGAAAUGUUAGAAACCUAAGUUACAUAGAUCCAGAUGCCUUUAAGAACCUCCCACUGUUAAAAUACCUUGGGAUUUUCAACACUGGACUCAGAGUAUUUCCUGACCUCACCAAAAUCUAUUCAUCCGAUGUGAACUUUUUACUUGAAAUUGCAGAUAAUCCUUUUCUGACUUCAGUGCCUGCAAAUGCCUUCCAUGGGCUGUGCAAUGAAUCCCUUACACUCAAACUCUACAAUAAUGGCUUCACUAGGGUCCAAGCCCAUGCUUUUAAUGGAACAAAGCUGGAUGCUGUCUACCUGCAUAAGAACAAAUACCUGAAAGUUAUUGAUGAAGAUGCAUUUUUGGGUGUGCACAGUGGACCAACCCUGCUUGACGUCUCCCAGACAGAUAUUGCUGCUCUUCCAACAAAAGGAUUGGAAAACCUUAAAGAACUCAUGGCAAAAUAUACAUGGACCUUAAAGAAACUACCCCCUGUGAAAACAUUUUCUCAACUAAUGCGAGCUUACUUGUCCUACCCAAGCCACUGCUGUGCUUUCAAGAACUGGAAGAAAACGAAAGGAGUUCCGGAAUACCUGAUGUGUAACCAGACCAGCAGUUAUAACGUCCGUAAAAGAAGAUCUGUAAGUGCCUUUAAUGGUCCUUUUUACCAAGACUAUGCAGAAGGAGAUACAGAGCACACUGAGGCGGUGUAUGACAAAAACUCCAAAUUCAGGGAUUUUUAUGGCAAUUCCCACUACUAUGUCUUUUUUGAAGAGCAGGGGGAUGGAGAUGUUGGAUUUGGCCAAGAAAUCAAGAACCCUCAAGAGGAAAAUGCCCAGGCAUUUGACAGUCACUAUGACUAUACUGUCUGUGGGGGCAAUGAAGAAAUAGUAUGCACCCCAGAGCCUGAUGAGUUUAAUCCCUGUGAAGACAUAAUGGGGUAUACAUUUCUAAGGAUUGUGGUUUGGUUUGUGAACCUCCUUGCCAUCUUGGGUAAUAUUUUUGUCCUGUUCAUCCUUCUCACCAGCCAUUACAAGUUGACUGUCCCACGUUUUUUGAUGUGCAACCUGGCCUUUGCAGAUUUCUGCAUGGGACUGUAUCUUCUUUUGAUUGCUUCUGUGGAUCUCUACAGUCGGUCAGAGUAUUACAACCACGCCAUAGAGUGGCAGACAGGGCCUGGAUGCAAUACAGCUGGCUUUUUCACCGUCUUUGCCAGUGAGCUUUCUGUGUAUACCCUGACUGUAAUCACCCUGGAGCGCUGGUAUGCCAUCACUUUUGCCAUGCGUCCAGACAGGAAAAUUCGUCUCCGGUAUGCAUUGGUUGUCAUGCUGGGUGGUUGGCUCUCAUGCUUUCUUCUUGCUCUCUUGCCAAUGUUUGGAGUCAGCAGCUACACUAAAGUCAGCAUCUGCCUACCUAUGGAUAUUGGAACACCCUUGGCUGAAGCCUACGUUGUCUUUGUUUUGAUGUUGAACAUUAUUGCUUUUAUCAUCAUCUGUGCAUGCUACAUCAAAAUCUAUAUCACUGUGCGAAACCCUCACUACAAGUCAGGAGACAAAGACACAAAAAUUGCCAAAAGGAUGGCAGUGUUGAUUUUCACUGACUUCCUGUGCAUGGCACCUAUCUCAUUCUAUGCUUUAUCUGCCAUUAUGAACAAACCCUUGAUAACAGUUAGCAAUUCCAAGAUCCUGCUGGUGCUCUUCUACCCACUGAAUUCUUGUGCCAACCCCUUCCUCUAUGCUAUUUUCACCAAGGCUUUCCGAAGGGAUGUCUUCAUCCUACUUAGCAAGUUUGGCAUAUGUGAGCAUCAGGCUCAAAUCUACAGGGGUCAGACAGUCUCCACCAAAAACAGCAGUGUUUUUUAUGGCCAGAGAGGCAGCCGAGGAACAGCUCAAGUUCUUACAAACAUCCACAACCCACAGGGUGGCUACCAUUUGGCAAUGGCAAUGCCAGAUCAAAUUGUUAUGGAAGACUGGAAGCUUACUGAAUUAUAACAUCUGGAAGCAUCACACCUGCAGUGAGGCUAGAUUCAUAACCAAGAUAAAAACAUUAAUAAGAUGCAGUUCUUUCCUAGCUGUGGUGGUUUUUGAGGUACCUCAGAAAGGAUUUAGGUUUUUCUUUUGAGUGUAUCAUUCACCUGAAUCUCCAGUCUUAAACCACUGUCAGCAUAAAACAAGGUCCAAAUUAUGGUGAUGAAAUUGGAAGCUAAUGUAAAAACUCCAUUUAUGCUGCAGGGGGUGUCAAAGAUCCAGUCUGCAGAACCCCAUUGUCUGGACCCCAGUGCUGCCUCUCGGUCCAGAGUUGACUCACGCUGUAUGCAGUGCACACCAGACUGGCCCAGAGUGCAAUGCCUGGCAUGUGUGCUGCACAUAAUGUCUGCCCUGGCUGAGCCAGGGCCCAUGCUACAUGCCACAUCCAACCCAGUAAGUCUUGGACAUGUGCCACACCUGCCCCAGAUGGUCCAGAUCACAUGCAUGCAUGUGGCAUCUCCUCCAGCCAGUCCAGGAUCUGCAUUGCAUGCAGCACCCCCACCCUCCACAGCUGUUCUGAGCCGGGAACUGUAUGCACUGGUCAGAUCAAGCACUGCAUGCAGCAUGCAUUCUGGACUGGCCCUGUAUGGGCACCAUGUACAGUCCUGGACUGACUGGAGCUAAUACCGCAUAUGCUGGAUCUGGCAUGCAUUGGAGGGGUGGAUGGUUCUGUGAGUCCAGUCUGGCCAUGGAUCAUUCAUCCAUCCCUGCACCACCACCACUCAUCCAGCCCACAGGACCAGAUGAUGUUGAUACCCCUGGACAGGGUGAUCCCUAGGGGGGUGGUGAAUCGGGGCAACUGCCUCAGGCCCUGCAGUUUGGGGGGCCCUGUGGACAGUGCCGUACAGGCCUGACCACAGCCACCACACACCACCACUGCUGAGCAUCGCCAGUUCUGCUGCUAAGUUCUGCAGGCUCCAGCCGCUCACCACCCACCUCCUCCAGGCCCCUCACGGGCUGAUAUGCCCUGGGCCCCACACACCCCUAGGGACGGCUCUACCCCUGGGUUAUAUAAAAUAAGUGGAAAGGAAGACUCAGCAGAAACUUUGGGUAGGUUUUGUAAAUGUAUAAUUAUAGUGGAGUUAUGAUAGAAAAGCAAAAAUUAUGUUGUGAAUUUCUCAAAUUCCAGAUCAAACUGGCAUGUCUGGGAUCAGGCAUGUCACGGUCGGCAGGGCUAACCGGACCUUAUCGUGCAUCCAUAGGUGCAUCUCAAGUAGGUCCAAGGAGGUGAUCCUCCCCCUCUAUGCGACACUGGUCAGG